AUGGGAAGCGCCAUCUCGGGGACGCGGUUGCAACUGGGGCGGCCAUCUUUGUGUUGUCGAGAGGUAUCUUUUCAUCGUUUCCCUAAAGACGGUACACAGUUCAAGAAGUGGAUCAUCGCCAUAAAGAGAGAUGAAGGCCCUGAUUUUAGUGUGACCAAGUACACAAAGUGGUCACCGACUUCUCAGAGACACAGCUGUGCCAAAGGAAGCCGGAAGCCACCAAAACAGCGUGCUGCACCACUGCUACCACGAUCACCAGCCGCACAGUCAAGUCAAGCACAAGAGCCAACCGAAACCGUAGAUGUUCCGACCGAGGAAUAUGACAUACCCAUCACCGACAGUGACAUGAAUGGCGACAACUCUAUCGAACCUGCCUUUAAUGCCCCAAGCACAGAGGGGCAGGAGCAUCUGCUAUCUAUCAUCGUAGGGAAGGAUCAAGAAAUAUUGAAAUUUCGAGACAAGUGUUCUGCCUUAGAGGAACAGCUUACAUCUGCCAGGGCAGCCACCCACGAACUGCGGGCACAAAAUGAAUCUCUAGCGUGCCAGCUUGACGAAGAAAAACAAAGGACAUCAAAUUUUUCCCUCGAAAAGUUCAAGCAUUCGGAUGAAGAUAUCAUGCUUUACACCGGUUUGCCCUGCUAUGAACAGUUCAUGAGUUUGAUGGAGUUCUUGGACCCAGGUGAACGUGGUUGUAAUGUUUUGCGCACUGAGGGCAGCAGUAGUACAACAAAGUCUACUGCAGGCCGGAAAAGAAAACUUAGUGUAGAAGAUGAACUCUUCUUGGUCUUAGUUCGACUGCGACUUGGUCUGCUUGAGGCUGACCUAGGUCACAGGUUUUGCGUCACGCAAUCUGCGGUAUCCAGGAUAUGCACGUCAUGGAUAAACUUCAUGUAUGCCAAGCUCUGCACCCUGCCUCUUUGGGCCCCAAGGGAAGUCAUCGAUGCAACAAUGCCGAUCGAGUUUCUGCACAAAUAUGCUUCAACAAGGGUGAUCCUUGAUGCGACCGAAAUACGCUGUUAA